UCCCUUAUCCCUUUCUCCUUCGCUCCUCAACUUCCCCCAAAUUUCUAGGGUUAGGGUUUUACCCCCGAAACCCCCCCCUCAAAACCCUAGCAAUGGCGUCCUCAUCCACCGCCCAAUUCCACCUCCUCACCUCCUUCUCCCCCCUCUCCUCCUCCUCCAAAACCCCCUUCUCCUCAUCCAAAUCCCUCUUCUUCUCCCCCCUCAACCCCUCUCGCUUCCCCAAAUCCGGCCUCAGGCUUGCGAAGAGGCAGGCGGUGGUGAACCCGGAGAAUACUUUUUUCUCGGUGAAGAGGUUUAUUGGGAGGAAGAUGGUGGAGGUUGACGAUGAGUCGAAGCAGGUGAGUUAUAGGGUUGUGAAGGAUGAUAAUGGGAAUGUGAAGCUGGAGUGCCCGGCCAUCGGGAAGCAGUUUGCGGCGGAGGAGAUCUCGGCGCAGGUUUUGAGGAAGCUUGUGGAUGAUGCAUCUAAAUUUUUAAAUGACAAGGUUACAAAAGCAGUGGUUACAGUUCCUGCAUACUUCAAUGACUCCCAGAGGACAGCAACAAAGGAUGCUGGACGCAUUGCCGGUUUAGAAGUCCUCCGCAUUAUUAAUGAACCUACUGCUGCAUCUUUGGCUUAUGGGUUUGAAAAGAAGAGCAAUGAAACCAUUCUUGUAUUUGACUUGGGGGGUGGCACAUUUGAUGUUUCAGUUCUUGAAGUUGGAGAUGGUGUCUUUGAGGUGCUCUCUACAUCUGGGGAUACUCAUCUUGGUGGUGAUGAUUUUGACAAGAGAAUUGUUGAUUGGCUGGCUGCAGACUUCAAGAGAAAUGAGGGCAUUGAUCUCUUGAAAGAUAAGCAAGCCCUUCAGAGACUCACUGAGACAGCAGAGAAGGCCAAGAUGGAAUUGUCAUCUUUGACACAGACAAACAUUAGCUUACCAUUUAUUACUGCAACUGCUGAUGGACCCAAGCACAUUGAAACAACUAUCACAAGGGCCAAAUUCGAGGAAUUAUGCUCAGAUCUUCUUGAUAGGCUUAGAAGGCCUGUUGAUAAUGCUUUGAAGGAUGCAAAACUUUCACUUAAAGAUUUAGAUGAGGUAAUCCUUGUUGGUGGAUCAACACGUAUUCCAGCAGUUCAGGAAGUCGUGAAAAAGAUGACCGGAAAGGACCCUAAUGUUACAGUGAACCCUGACGAGGUGGUUGCCCUUGGUGCUGCUGUGCAGGCUGGUGUUUUGAGUGGAGACGUCAGUAACAUUGUUCUUCUUGACGUGAUCCCACUCUCUCUUGGAUUGGAAACUUUGGGCGGCGUAAUGACAAAGAUCAUUCCAAGAAACACUACUUUGCCUACAUCUAAAUCAGAGGUCUUCUCAACAGCAGCUGAUGGACAAACAAGUGUCGAGAUUAACGUUCUUCAGGGCGAAAGGGAAUUUGUGAGGGACAACAAAUCCCUUGGAAGUUUCCGCCUCGAUGGAAUUCCUCCGGCCCCACGAGGAGUUCCACAGAUUGAAGUCAAGUUUAAUAUUGAUGCCAAUGGUAUUCUUUCGGUCUCCGCUUCGGAUAAGGGCACGGGGAAGAAGCAAGAUAUCACGAUUACAGGGGCCAGUACCUUGCCCAGUGAUGAGGUAGAGAGAAUGGUUAGCGAAGCAGAGAAAUUCGCGAAAGAGGACAAAGAGAAAAGGGAGGCGAUAGACACCAAGAACCAAGCAGAUUCAGUCGUCUACCAAACCGAGAAGCAACUAAAGGAUCUGGGCGAAAAAGUCCCUGCUGAGGUCAAGCAGAAGGUAGAGUCAAAGCUUGGCGAGCUCAAAGAAGCAAUAGCUGGGGGAUCUACACAAGGAAUGAAGGAUGCCAUGGCUGCACUGAACCAGGAAGUAAUGCAACUUGGUCAGUCUUUGUACAAUCAGCCUGGUGCUGGUGGGCCCAGUGCCACUUCUGGUGGUGGGCCCGCGCCUGGUGCUGAUGCUUCAUCUGGGCCUUCGGCGACUAAGGGGCCCGAAGAUGGGGACGUUAUCGAUGCAGAUUUUACCGACAGUAAGUGAGAGCAAUGGGUAUAAUUACAUGUAGAGCCUUUUUAUGAUUCAUAUCUGUAUGGUGAUGUUUUGCCCUUGAUUUAGGGGAUUUUUGAGGGAACAGUUGGUAGGAUUAUAGUUUAUGCAAUUCCCACAAGGCUGUAGUAUUAGUGAGAUCUGCUGAUUUGAUAGAGGACGUGAUUGCUCUUAUCAAUAAGAUUUGCCUGCAUAGAAGAAAGUAUUUUUUUU